GUCGUCGCCAGAUGAUGACGUCAGUGUAGGACUUCAUGAACGCCAUGGCAGCCCAUGCUAGCGAGCUUGAGAUAGCAAAGAAGAAUUUAACGGAUGCAAUUGGUGAUAAUGUCAAACACUACUGGGCGAACCUGAAGCUGUGGUUCAAACAAAAGAUCAGCAAAGAGGAGUUUGACAUCGAGGCACGUCGUCUGUUAGCACAGGAGAAUGUCCAUGUCCACAAUGAUUUUCUCCUGGCCAUUCUCACACGCUGUCAGAUCAUCGUCUCCACUCCAGAGGGCGCAGGGCCGUUACAGUGGCAAGGUGGCUCUGCUUCAAAGCCUGGAAAACCAAAAGGGAAGAAGAAAUGUUCCUCCAGACAGAAAUUUGAUCAUCGUUUCCAGCCACAGAACCCUCUGAGCGCCGCCCAGCCUUUUAGUCCGCGGGAGGUCGGAGGUGAAGAGGAGGAACUGCGUCUCAGUGCACACACUCUGCUGUUGCCCACGAGGGGGCAGUUGGAGGCCCGCAUGAUGGUGACUGCCUUUGAGCUGGGGCUGGAUAACAUCACAGACGAUGCCGUCAGCAGCAUGAUCCAUGCCGUUGAGCACCACUUGAAAGACGUCCUGACUGCCGUCAUCACCCGGAGGAAGGCGUACAGGUUACGAGAUGGUCGCUUCCCCUACGCCUUCGGCAGUGAUGUCACGCCGCAGCCUUAUCUGAAAAACAGCCUUGCUGCUUAUCACAGUGUUACUGAAUGUCCUCCUCCGAGCGCGUCCCUCGCAGCUGGCCCACCUCCUCAAGUGUCACCAGAUGAGGCAGAGCAGCAAGCCGUUCACUUAUUGGCUUGCUCUGCUGACAGUCUACCUGCACCCCUCCCUCCGAUCAGCAUGUUCGACCUUUUGGAAGCUUUACAGGUUCACCACGGUGUGAUGCCCUCCCACACUAUGUACGCCCUAAACAUGGAGCGCAUCCUGUCACGGCUCUGGCACCCGAGCCACGAAGAACUAGAGCAGGACCACGUACACCGGCAGCGCCUCGCUGCAAAAGAAGGCGUGCUCGUCAGCUGAGAGCCACUGACGCAGGACUUUAUAUGGACUGCAGAUAUCAUCGGGAACAAACACAGAAGUAAUCCCCACAUGGAAACAGAUGAGAGGAACAGUGUGUCCAGCUGGCUAAUUAUUUUAGUCUUUGCCACCAAGACAUUUUGGCAGAAGACUAAACAUCAUUUGGUGGUAAAAUAAUGGAAGAAUUUAAUCUUAGGAUACACCAGCAGCUACAAGCACCUGACAGGAACAUAAGGUCCUGGGCCAGAGGUGUUAAUUUUUCGGUGUCAGAUAUGCACCAAAACUGUUAAAGGGACAGUUCACCCCAAAAUCUAAAACACAUUUUUCCUCUUACCUGUAGAGCUAUUUACCAGUAAAGAUUGUUUUGGUGUGAGUUUCAGAGUGUUGGAGAUAUCGGUCGUAGAGAUGUCUGCCUUCUCUCCAGUAUAAUGGAACUAGAUGGCACUCAGCUUGUGGUGCUUCCAGAAAUCAUGACCCGGUUACUCAAGAUAAUCCACAGACCUUGUUGGGAGCAGUUUCAUGUAGGAACUAUUAGGUAGUAACUGCCGUACUAGCGUGCAGAAGGACGCAGGCAUCUACACAUAGACGAGAGGCUCAUUACAUUGUGAGAUGUAGAAAAUUAAUCUCCAUAUCUCCAACACUCAGCAACUCACACAAAAACAAUCUAGACUGAUAAAUAGCUCUACAGGCAAGAGGAAAGAAUAUGUAUUUUUGAUUUUGUGGUGGACUGUCUCUUUAAAAUAUGUCCCAAUAACACAGAUCAAUCAGUAUCUAAUCAUGUAGCAUUGUGUACAUCACCAGGUCACAACAUACUGCAUAUAGUCUUUAGGGCCCUGUUCUUGUUCCUGGCUUCGUCUCGUCAGGUGCAGCGCUAUGAUGAGAAUUAUUUCAUCUACAAGGAAGAAUGAUAAAGUUGGAAAUCAUCCCGCUCCAACAGGUACAACAGAAAUGUCAAUACAGCGCUGUCAGCACAGGAUCCUGACAGGGGUCUAAUCAAACAUCAAGUGAAAGCACCUGUGUGUGUUUGCUGUGGGUGUGUAGGGUCCUUUAAAAUGUGCCAGGCAGCUGUGUCCUGUGUCAUCACGCCCGUCGUGAACUUGCCAUCAAGUUGUCUGCGAAGUAAUCCUGAAACAUUUACUGGUGUCUGGUUUAAAGGCCAGCGAGCGUCCCUCAGUGUUGGUGGUCCUCCAUGUGUGUACAGAUUAAGCUAAAAGUUUUUUUAACGUCUCAGUGCACUUGAAUUUCAUCUGUUUGCCAUGUUUGUGUGCAGCAUUUAGUUCAGGUUGAAAUGUGUAUAAAUUUGUACAUUUUUUUUACACAAAACUUUGUAAAUUUGUAACUACAGACAGUAGUUUAGAAAAUAAAUAAAAUGCAUUUUUUACAAGUUA